UUCUACAGCCCCUCUGUGACCUGUGACAAAAGUUUGCCGGGCCGGGUGUUCCAGUGACAGGUGGAUUUGUUCCCUGUCGCGGGGGAAACUUUCGCUGCCCUGAGCGUCCCUGGGCUGCGCUGUUCCCUCUGCCGCUGCCCCAAAGCUCAGCAGCGGGGAGGCCCUGCCUUUCUGCCCAUGAAAACCAGAAAAGGGUCCAGUUUCCGAGGAGGGCUGUAAACCUCUGUCUCUGCAAGGAUAAGAUCUUUUUAGCAAAGUGUCAGUAAAGUGAUUUCUUUCUAGACCACAAUUUUUUUUAUAGCUUUGUUAUGGCUGCGACUGGGUAGAAAUAAAAAGAUUGCUUCAGCAAGAUUUGCAGUCGUAUGAGCUCACCUUCCUUCUGGAUAAUCUUUAGGUGGCACCUACAGCAGCUGUGGUAUUGUCUUGUGUUCAGCUGGAAGCUGCUCAAAUGCCAUGGUAACAAAUGAGGUGUAAGUACCUGCAUGGAACAGGAGGUUUGGAUAAGCAAUAAGAAAAUAUUAUCCGUUAAUGCGUUUCAGUCGCUGGAAAUUAGAAUGAGUGGCAGUAACUUCUCUGACCAAGUUGUGAGUCUCCUGAUGGAAGGACAGUAAGAUGGAGAACUAGCUUCAGGUGACAGUGAUUGUGUUAAUUAGCUUAUUUUGGAUAGGCUUCUCUACCACCACCAUUUUAAAGUAAACCUGCGCUGUUUUCAAGGGGUGUAGGUAUAUAGUGUAGUGUCAGUGACUGCUGGAAGUGAGAAAAUACAGCUUAUUUUGCUUGGGAGCAGUCACAUUCAAAUGCUAAAAUGCUUAGUAGCAAUCAGUAGGGAGCUAUCUGUCUUGAAAUCAAAUAUAUUUACAAUAUCAUAACAACUUGCCUGAUUUUUGUCAUUACUUUCUUUCACUCUAAUACUUACCUUAGAAAUCAGUGUCCCUUUUUUGGAGGAUUUUUUUUGCCCACGCUCUCUCUCCAGUGAGUAUAGCCUGUUACCUUGAUUUUGGUUUCCUUCAUUAUAGACAGUGAGGGGAGACUGGAGACAGGAACAGUCUGUUCACGGUGACUUUCUGAUAGAUGGGAGGACAAAAGAAGGGGUCUUUGCUCACCUGGUUGAGCUCAUAUGUGAUGCUAAUAUGAGAAAAAGUCACAGUGUGCCUUAUUUAUACCAGACUUGAGGAGGGAAGGAUGCCCUGUCACAUGCAUAUAUAUUACUUCUCUGUACUACAGUGCAAAUACAUCUAUUGGGGAAUCUCUUUUAGCGUUAAAAAAAAGAUGUUUUUACAUUUAUUAACUAUAAAUAUUUGUACAGAGGAAGAAGUAGGACUUUGGUUUCAUGAGUCUUACAUGAGAAUAUCUUUGAAGUCAAGGCUUGACGCACUUCUGACUCACCAAAAUGGAAGACCCACUGUUCUCACAAAAACUUGCUUAAUUGUACAAAGUGGGCCCAGUUCACAGGCAGGCUGUGAAACCUUAACAGCGUGGACUGACUCCUCGGUAAAUGCCUGCCUGGAAAGUAGUGCCAUGGCCUCUGAGAAACUCCAUUCUCACUAGGAUGGGUGUCCAUUCUCACUGGUGGGGUGUGACUUCAGCAUACUGUUUCUUUUUCUCUUGUCAUAGUCUCUUUCAUUCACAACAUCCUUUCUUUUUCCUCCAGAGCUGAAUUGCUGUGAUCAGUUUUACUCCAUCCAUUCUAGGAAGGCUGGUGGUUGACAUGAGGGAAGUCAGGGGAAAAAAGCAACAGGAAGGGUGUGCUCCUGAAAGCUAGUAUCAUGUUUUUCCUAAGGACACAUUAGGGACUGUUGGUUAUCCUGUUGUUAUUACUGAGGCUCUGCCUCUGUUGGGAAUUCACACAAUCUCUGAUGCCACCAUCUGUGGAAGGAACUUGCUCUCCAAAAGAAGCAGUCAAGCACAUUUUGCAGAUGUUUGAUUACCUGUAGGGGUGACUUUAAUGGUUGAAGCUGCACAUCACCACAGAUUAUACAUAGUAUAAGAUGAAACCACUAAGGAAAAUACUUACCUUUCAUGCUUCAGUCCUGUUUGUUGUUUUGUAAUGAUAUCUACUUUACUUGACCAUUAGAGAAACUGUUUGCCUUCAAACUGGUGAGAAAAACACAGGUUUGUGUGAUGUCUGAAAGAUACCACCAGUGUACAUCUUUCAUCAAACUCCUGCUAAACCACAUCUCAGUCCAUCUGAAGUUUGUUUGAAACCAAAGCCUCACUUUCACGUUGUAUAGCAGUCUUUACUGCUUGUACAACAGCUGAAAUCAAUGGUACUGCUUUAUUUGGGGGCACUAGGAGUGGGUGGAAGAAGGGAGGAGUCUUCUAUAAUAGCAGUUUUGAAGUUCUGUUUAUUCACCAAACCAUGCCAACUGCAUAUUUGACACAUUAGCAGGUUUGCUGUUUGCUUCUGACAUUCCAUGUCACUUGAAAAUGGGUUUGGAAUUGGGGUUUUUGGUGUCUCCUUUGGAACAAGAGACCACUACUAUUCACCUGGUUGACAGAACCAACAUAGCUGUAAAAACGAACAGCUUUAUUUUAACCUGAAUGCAAACUGUGGCUGCAUUUCCCAGGCAGCUGGUUAGGUAUGCAGGGGAAUACUAAGUGACCUUUCUACUGUUGGAAGUCUUUACAGGACUGAGCUGGUUGCUUUUGGAGGAUAUACCCUUCCAAUGUCCUUACUGCUUGAAAAAGCAAAAAUCUUUGAUACAACCAGAGUGGGAGGGGGAUGCAUGUGUUGUAGAAGUCGACUUUCAAGUAGUGGUAACAUUAUGGAGAGAGAGAAGCUUAAGGGCAUAUUUACGUGGUACAGUUCAUGCCUUUGAACAUCUUUUAUGAUCAUUAAAAGGGUAAGGUGAAGGCUUUGAUAUAUUGUGUUUUGAGAACUGGAGUACUUUAUAGCUUCGUUUUAACUAACUGCUGUUUUUAGGAGUCUAGUUUUUUUGUGCCCAAAUAGUAUCCUAUUUUUUCCCUUGUCAAAUAAGGCGAUAACAAGCUAAAGUAUUAAUGUAAAUGAAAGCUCUGAAGAUAUUUUUGAAGCACUGGGAUUAGUGUUUUUCUUUCAUUGUAGUGGCAUGACUUUAUUGUGCCAAUAGAAAAAUACUUCUUUAAAAUUUUCCUUAUGAUAGAUUAAACCUGAAAUCCUGUUUUACAAGACUGACAUAUUGCAAAAUAUUGAGAAUAUGGGAUUGCACCAUACUACUAUGGCAAAAUCCAUAUCAAGACUAAAGGGAAUCCAGUUUGUGUAAUGUAACCAAGGAUGUAGGAUUUGGGAUCAGUUUGGGCAUGUUACUGAACCAAUGAGCUACACAGAUUAAUUUAAUUUACAAUCUUUAUUUUGCAAGUUGCAUAUAAUCUUUUCAGCUGCAGCCAAAUUCAGCACUCUUGCAUUUGUCCUGCAUUUCAUCCUUCAGUGAGAUAAGGCAUUUUGUUCAAUGAGUAAGUGGGACCAACCUUCCAAUACCUCAUCCAGAUUAAGUAAUAAUUAUAUAUAAUUACUGUUCCUAGGGGGAAAGUAAUUCUGCCUCAUUGAAAUUCUUUUAUCUUCAAUUAACCUAUUCAGUUCUUACUGGAAAUAUGAAGCAAAGUGCCAGCUUGCUUCAGGCGCUUCUUCCAAAGCUGCUAACUUUGGUUCUAUUUGCCACCAGUGCUCACUUUGUGCAGUGUAGCCAGCUCCGAGUGUUUAGGUGGCACCAGUAAGGAGGAGCACGUGCUUGGAUAGGAGCAGGCUGUGCUGAACACCUUGUUGGAUCAGCUUUCCAUCCUGUUCAUCCGCUUCUGUCCAUAUCAGUGAGAAGGCUUGGUGACUCACAUUUCCUCUCUCCUUCCAAUUCUUCGUUUGGUUUUGUGGGGCUAUGGCUAGGGAGUACCGUAAAUACUUUUUACCCUCAUUUUUUUCUGUCUAAUAACCAACUAGGCUUUAUUCUGCCCCACUGUGUGUGGUAUCUUGUGUAAGUUUUGCUCUGUUUUCAGAGAGCAGCCUUAACCUUGCUAACAGAUCCAAUGGGUAUGUGAUGAGUAGGUUGUUUGGAAUUCAGCAGCCAGGUUCGGAGUUUCCUGGCCACAAGCGCCCAGGAAAGUAACAGACUAGAGCACCAGAGACCCUGUCUAGCUCAGUUCUAGAUUAGGUUCACUUGGUUACACCUUCCCAUUAAGCAAACGUACUUUAUUCCAGUGAUGACAAUCUGUACUUUGACUGUGCCUACGGUUUUGACUAUAAAUAUAAACCUGAAACUGUUUUGAAAUGGUGAGCUGGUAAACUGUGGGGUAGGAAGGGCUUUAGAACUAGAACACAUUGAUGUUGCAGUAGCUCUUCUGUUUUCCUGGGGAUUUUGAUUUCUCCUCAUGAUUAGAAUCCUUUAUAUUUAUGCUCACAAACCCACUAAGAUGAGUAGUCUUCGCAUCCUUCUCCUUCCUUGCUCUCUUUGUAUUCCCCCUGUUCUAUGUCUUCCUAUACAGAGUAAAUUAGCACAGUAUAUUUCUGUAUGUAAUUUGUUCAUACAGACUUGCUCUCUGCUCUUUUCUGGGGGUAGAAGGAAAGAACUGCUAAGCCAUUUAAAUAGACUAAGGUGAUGAUUUAGUGUAGUCAUCCAUACCCCACUAGCUAAGCAUAGCACUACACUGACAAAGCCAGAAAUUAAAGCAAAUGGUAAAGUUUAGUCUUAAACAGAAUUUAUCCAUGGAUCACAAUUGAUCUUUAAAUAAAUAUAAGGCACAAAACAUGCCUUCUCUUAAUUCAUAUUGACAAAAUUUCCCACAGCUGGCUUGUCUGUUUGUAACUAUUGGCAUGACGUGCUCUUUUUGCCAUUUGUUUUCAUUUUUAUUAAUAGUUUGUCAACCUGAGGUGUAGUGUAUCAUUUUUAUUGGGAGACAAAAAGCUUACACACUGUAAUGUUUUCAGUGGCACUGUAAAUUACACACUGACUUCAGCCAGCACAUCUUCAAGUGUGACACCUGCAACUUUUUACGCUUUUACCAUGCAUAGUGGCUUUGCAUCAGAAAACACUGAUUAUGUCAACAGGUUGUGUGAAGAAGAUAGAUGUUUUUUCUUGGUCGCCAGUUUCAGUUUUUAAGGACACAACUGAGGCUUUUUUAUUUUUUAGACUUUGUUUCAGGUUCCUUCUCAAAUUUUGUGUCACUUGAAAUCUUUUAAUCUUGGAGAUUGAUACCUUGAAGGUGGUGAUGUAGAUAGGGAAAGAGUACCUUGAGGUUUUCCUUUUCCAGAGUUCUGCAUCUUUCAGGUGUUGAGGGUAAUAGUUAUCUUCUGAUAGACAUUUGCUGCUGGUGCACUUUCAUAAAAGAGAAAGCACUGAGGGAAGUUUUCUGUCUUCACUAUUUUUUCCCUUUUCUAAAAAAAUUUCACUUCUGGUUUCUUUUAAAAUGCAUCUGUUUUCUGUUGGCUACAAUACAAGUAAUAUAUUGGAAAUAAGUGUCAAACCUAUGCAGAGGACUUAAACCUGAUGUUUGGAGCUCCAUGCAUCAGCAGCCUGGAGAGAGCUUUGUCUCUUAUAUGGUGACCUCUGAUUGAGUAUUGAAGGACAAAAUAUAAUAAGGUAAUUUCAGUCCAUCCCUGAGUAUGUCUUGUGCUCAUCUGUUCUUAAGCAGGCGUGGUGAUUACUGUUAAUGACAGUCAGUGUGUUUAUCUCACAGUCCGACAUUCCAAUGUACUCUGAAGAAAAAUGUGCUCCUUAAAACUGCAGCAAUUGAUUCUAGAAUGUAUUCCACCUAAUGGCAAAGUUUGCAACUUACAGCUUGUUGACAAAUAGAAGGUUGAUCUGGAUUUCUCCCAGGUACAGACUCCUUGGCUGACAAACUUUGACAGCACUAAAACACUGGAAUAUAACCUAAUGGAAUUAAUUCACUGCUUACAGUUGGGGAAUUUUAGUGGCAUUCUGUUCCUGUAAAAUGGGUUGUGCAGUUUCCACUUUGUGAUAGGGUUUAAUACUUUGUGAUAGGGUUUAAUGCUUUUGAUGUGGGGAACAGUCUGCUCUGAGAAGAUAAAUCUGUACUGCAAACUAACUAGAGUUUUGGGGAUUUUUUUUUCUUUCCUUUCUUUUAGUAUUGGAUGAAUGAAUAUACUUCUUCCCUUGGAAUUGGAGUGUUUCAUUCAGGUAUAGAGGUGUAUGGCCGAGAAUUUGCCUAUGGUGGUCAUCCAUACCCUUUUUCUGGAAUAUUUGAGAUUUCACCAGGAAAUGCUUCUGAGCUAGGAGAAACAUUUAAAUUUAAAGAGGCUGUGGUUCUAGGCAGUACUGACUUUAUGGAAGAUGAUAUAGAAAAAAUAGUCGAAGAGCUUGGAAAGGAAUUCAAAGGAAAUGCUUAUCACCUAAUGCACAAAAACUGCAAUCACUUUUCUUCAGCUUUAUCUGAGAUUCUCUGUGGAAAAGAGAUUCCACGAUGGGUGAAUCGCCUUGCCUACUUCAGCUCUUGUAUACCCUUCCUCCAGAGCUGCCUGCCAAAGGAGUGGCUAACUCCUGCAGCCCUCCAAUCUAGUGUUAGCCAGGAGCUACACGAUGAGCUGGAGGAAGCUGAGGAUGCAGCAGCAUCAGCUUCCUUGGCAAGCUCGGCAUCUGGGUCUAGAACUGGACGCCACACCAAAUUAUAAGUCCUCCUCCAAAGUAGCAAAUGGUUUGACAUACUUCAGUUUGAUCUCUUCAGCAAUUGACUUCCUGACAGAACAUGAGAGCCAACUCUAGAACAUUGUUUUUAUAUGCAAAAAAAAAAAAAAAAAGCUCUCAUCAACCCCUGUUUCAGCUCAGGAUUAUUUACAUAGUGAAAGGAAUUGCUGGGAGAAAAGGGAAGGAUUUUGUGUGAAGCCACCCUUUUCAUUUUCACCUGUUUGGUAGACUUGCGUUAACUUAACAUCUUGCAUAAAGCAGAACUUAAAUUAUUUGUUUACAGUAUUGUGUACUGCUGUUUACAAGUCCUGCAAGGACUCCUGCUACCAUGGAAGAAGAAAGAAUUUAAGUUUGAUUUCACUGUUGAUAUAAAUCAAAAGCAGUGGUAUGAUGCCCUGGAUGAACUUUCCCUUUUGUUUUCAAGAUUUAAGGCAGGAGAACAUUAAAUUGAGGAAUGCCAGAAACUGCAGAAUGCUAUAUAUGUGAACAGGGUACUGUGCGCUUAAAGUGGCUGGUGUAAGCAAGUAGAUUGCAGGAUGUAGGGAGACUGGUUUGGUCUAAAAUCUGUUCCUAGAAGUAUGACCUCUACAUUAAUGAAACUGGAUUUUUGCACAUAUGAAGGGAAAUUUCUAUCUCAUUGCAAUGCACAUCAAUCCAUUUUUUUUUUUCAAUUCAGCCAUGUAGUUUUCAUCCUGUCUUGUGUCUUUACUUGCAGUUUACUUCAGGAUUUAAACAUGUGAAUAUCAUUUGCUAGAAGCAUCAACAAAUGCUUCACUUCUUUGCUUUACUUGAUGUCCAACUUGUAUAUACAAGUUAGUACUUGUAUUUCUUUUUUGUUUGUUUGUUUCAUAUAGUUUGGAAUCAUGUAAAACAAGCCAUUUAUGGUUGGGGAAUGGCCUUUGCUUCCUGCUGCUGAUUUUGCUUCAUAUGAGUUUGUAAACAUUUGUGUCCUUCUUUUUUUGAGCUAUAAAUUACUGCCCAGUUGUGCAUGUCCGCACAAAUGAUAGAGAAAUCCUAAUUUAUUUUCCCAUAGUCUCUAUCUGUGGCAUUAACUUUCUUACCAGAUGUAAUGAAGAAAAACCUGAAAAUUGCUUAUGCACCUGCGUGUUUACACAGCAGAACCCACUAAUCUGCACACAUAAUUAUAUCUGAAAGUAAGAGAUACUAUUUUCUAAAACACAGAAGUAUGUUUGCUGGUAGAUUAUAAUUAGAGCUAAAUUAUAAUUAGUGAUCAGAAUAUAUAAUUGAAUGCCUUAUUCUUGUUCAUUUAGCAAGAGAAUUAAUUGUUCUUCCAAUCAUUAGUGUAAAUUAGUGAGGUUCUAUUGUGCACAUAAGGCUACAGUAGCACAAACAUGAGGGAGGUGAGCUUGAGUAUUUUGUAAGACUUGCUGCCUUAAACUAACAAAAAAUAUACCAUCCCUAAACUGGUCAGCUCACUAAGAAGUGUGCAUUACUAGAAAUAUGAAUUAUUCUUAUGAGCUUUAUUUACAGUCUUUUGCUGGGUUUAGUUUUUCUGUUGAAUGAAAUACUGACUCUGCAGUUUCUGCUGUUUAAAAGCAAAAAAAAAAGUCCUCUUGGGAGGCAAAAAGCUUCAUAUUAUGAAUGCUCCUGGCCAUGGGUAGUGGUGCCAUUGAACCCUAUGGGAAGGUGCAGUAGUUGUAUCAUCAUAAGAAUUCUUACUGUUGCCAGCUCCAACUUGUGUUAGAAACAAGUGGAAGUUUUUCUGCUGCCACCUGGUUUGAAUUCUUCAUCAGACAGACUUUAGGUUUUCACUUAUCUUUUGUGAUGCAGUGUAGUACAGAGAGAGAUACAUUCAGUUGUAGUGAGGGGGAAAUCAAGUGAGACUCUUUCUGGAAAGAAAUAGUAGUAAAUCUCUUUCUGGAAAGAGAUAGUAGUAAAAGUCUCCCUAACUGUAUUUUGGUACGUGUUUUAAUAAUCUCUUCUGCCAAGUGGGAAACGCUUAAGACCUGGUGAGUCUGACACUAACUUCAUUCUCUGUUUGAUAUCCAGAAGCUGGGUAUACUGACCCUCCCUGUUGAGUGCUUUCCACUCUGAAUUUGAGUUCUCCUUUCCUUCUUUUCCCUGUAGUGAAAAUGAAUAUGGUGGUCUCCAGUCAACUCUCAAGCAUUACAGAACUGAAUUUCGCACUACUCACAGCUCACAUAACAGGCUGCAGACAGGUUAUUUUGUCUCUGCUAUGCAGCUGUGGUAGUAAUGUGACUAAGUCUCUUGGCCAGGGCAGGUCCUUUAUUUCAGCUCAGGGUUGAGGCCACUGAUCUAGCAAAGUACUGUAGCUUUUCCUAUGCUUUAGGAAAAAUAAAUGGACUGAAUUUUCAUUGCUACCUUUUAUGUACCAAAAUCAGCUUUUUAGGCUUCUGAUACAUCCAGAGCGCUAGGUCACAAAUCUCUACACCUUCAUUAACACACACAAUUACAGCAUGUACAAUGCAAGAACGUGACAGAUCACAGCACAGUUUUUAUUUAGAAGUAAAACUAAGACUAUUUUUUAUAAAGCAGACUGGAAAGUUUGUAACAAAAACAUUCACUUUAUUGGUAGCUGUACAGGUGAAAAUACUGUCUUAUGCUCCAUAAGGACUUUUUUUUGUUUGUUUUGAAACCAUCCAUUUGUAAAUCCUGUGAGGAAACUGACACCUGAAC